AUGACAUCCACCUGCAGUGUCUGUAGUGCUCCAGCGGCACACCGUUGUGCUGGCUGUCAGCAGGUUGCCUACUGUGGGCGUGAUCAUCAGCGAACCGAUUGGAAGGCUCAACACCGGAACCAGUGCCGGCGGUACAAAGUGGAGCGAAAUGAACAGCUCGGGCGCCAUUUGGUGGCUACCAGAAGCAUCAAGCAGGGUGAGAUCAUAUACCGUGAUGAGCCGUACGCGAUCGGGCCGAAGAUGGCGAGUGUUCCACUCUGUCUCGGAUGCAACCGCAACCUAAUGCCGCUCUGGCAGGAAUCGCGUGUGACUACGGCCCGUUUCCACGAAUGCACCCGGUGUGGUUGGCCACUGUGUGGUUCUGGUUGUGAGCAAGCACCCCAACACCUGCUAGAGUGCUCCGUACUAGCUGCUAGCGGUUACCGACCCAACAUCCGACCAGAUCCAGCCACACCGGAGAAAAGAGAAUCGGCGUAUUGUGUGAUUGUGCCGCUACGGGUACUACUGCUGGAGAAACACUCACCUGAUCGGUACGCGACCGUGCAGGGGUUCGAGUCACACCUGACAGAGCGGCUUGCGAGUCCUCUGUACAGUGUGCUGAGAGCGAAUCUGGUACCUUUUAUCCGAACCGUGCUAGGGUUGAAGCAAUAUACCGACGAGAUGGUACUGCAGGUGAGUGCCAUCCUCGACACGAACUGCUAUGAGAUCAGGCUGCCAAAUCAACACGUGAAGGUGCGAGGACUCUACCCGCUGGGGGCGAUGUUGUCACAUGACUGUCGACCAAACACGCGCCAUUAUUUCGACGAACAGUGGCGUAUGGUGUUGGUGGCAGCAGUCGACAUCCCGGCCGGUGCAACCAUCCACGCAUCCUACACUCAACCGCUCCUUGGGACGCUUCACCGGAGGUUGGCUCUUAAGCAGGCAAAGUGCUUCGAUUGCGCGUGUGAUCGGUGUCGUGACCCUACUGAGCUAGGAACCAACGUUGGUGGCUUCCGAUGUCCACACUGCCGUCGACAACCGAGCCUGAUUGUGCCGGUCGAUCCGACUAACAACCGGACGUCCUGGCGCUGUCAGAAUCGUCGCUGUUCGUACCAGGAACCUCCGGAGCAGUACGUUGCUCGGUGUGAGCGGAUGCAGCGCGAGUUGUUGGCACUCGAUCGUACCGAUCCAGCCCAUUAUGAGGCGUUCCUGACGCGCCAUGAACCUAACCUUCAUCGCUGGAAUGCGUACAUCCUGCAGGCGAAGUACGCGCUCACACAACUUCUAGGAAGUGCUCGUCCACACGCCGACAAAGCGCCGCUUGAAGUGACAUUACGGCGAACGGUCGAACUAUGCCGGGAUCUGCUGUUUGUCGCCGACCAACUCGAGCCCGGUUUCGGGUGUUUCCGGACGAAGCUGCUGCUGGAGCUUGGAACCGCCUUCGGUGGGUUACGCACUCUCGGUAUCUUAUCGGAACCUGAGCGGCAGGAAUGGGAGUCGGUGUGCGGGGAGUUGGAUCGCAUCGCUAAAACCGACCCUACGGUGGAGUUGGGUGGACUUCCUCGGCCUUAAAGUGACCACACCCGAUUACAUCCGAAGGGCUGAUGAAAGGGCAGGAGCUUUCAGGAUUCUCAACCCCCUCACACUAUAAACGACGAAAGCAACACUGAUUAAAUGUCACCCCAUUUGAGCGCUACUCGAUGAUUGACCGAGAGUUCGAGAAUAAAUCUGUACCUUUCAUCCACCAGCCGACCGAACCGUUGGAACGGGGUUCGUCAGUAACUUUU